UCCGCGGAGUACCUCGACCAAACUUCGAGAACGCUCCACUUAUCAUAGCUCGUUCCUGACUAACACUUACAUCUUGCAUUACCGGUAAGUCUCGGUACCUGACCCACGUCAUGGCCGAAGUCGGACAGCAUCAUAGAAAGAAAUGAUAUAAAGUCACAUAACAUCAACUGCGAACGAAAUCAAAACCUCCCAGUAGUAGUGCUUUGUGACCGUACCAACAUCCAAAAUGCCCCUCGUAAAAAUCGACAUAAUAAAAGGUAUCCGCACACCCCAAGAGAUCAAAAAACUAGCCGACGUAAUCCAACAAGUCAUGCUCGAGAAAUUCAACGCUCCGCCACGAGACCGAUAUCAAAUCAUAACGCAACACGAACCCUACGAAAUCAUCUGCGAAGACACAAAUCUCAAUUUCCAGCGAACGGAUAAAUUAGUCUUCAUCCAGAUCUUCCAGCAGGGACGCGAUGCGGAGACGAAGCAAGCAGUGUAUAAGGAGCUGCAGAGGAGGUUGGAGGUCGAUUGUGGGGUGCCGGGGACGGAUUUGAUUAUUUCUUGUUCGAGGAAUGAAAGGGAGGAUUGGAGUUUUGGGAUGGGGAGGGCGCAGUUUUUGACUGGGGAUUUGUGAGGUUGUGGAGGUGACUGAGGAUUGUGUUUAGAGAUGAGAAAGUUGGAGAGUGGUGAUAUGGCUUACCAAUGUCUGUCUUAGGCUUAUGUUCUAAAUUCUUAGAAGUGAGUCUAAGCUUUUGUGA